AUGGGGCCGCGGCACCUGCUGCUGCUGCCGCUGCUCCUGCUCUCCCUGCAGCUCCUGGCCCUGCUGCUGCCGCUGCCCGCGCAGGCGGCCGGGCCCCCCCGCGCCAAGGGCAACCGGACCCAGGGGGCGGCGGCGGCGCGGCGGACCCCCAAGCCGGGCAGGGAGCUCCUGAACCAGACGCUGGCGGGCCCGGGCGCCGCCGCCCCCACGGCGCUGCCCGGGCGCGGCAAGGGCGCGGGGGGCGGCAAGGCGGCCCCCGGAGGCGGGGGCUCGGCCCCGGCCCACGAGACGUGCUGGGGGUACUACGACGUGAGCGGGCAGUGGGACAAGGAGUUCGAGUGCAACAACAGCCUGACGGGCUUCCGCUACUGCUGCGGCACCUGCUUCUACCGCUUCUGCUGCAACAAGCGCGCCGAGAAGCUCAACCAGAGCCUGUGCCGCAACUACAAGAGCCCCGAGUGGGCCCACCCCACCACGGCCAGCGGCGCCCUGCCCGCCGACGGCGGCGACGGCGGCGACGGGGACGCCAACAAGUACGACCCGGACAAGGACAGCACCAACGCCACCGUGUACAUCUCGUGCGGGGCCAUCGCCUUCGUGCUCAUCGCCGGUGUCUUUGCCAAGGUGGCCUACGACAAGGCGCGGCGCCCGCCCCGGGAGAUGAACAUUCACAGGGCUCUGGCCGACAUCCUAAGGCAGCAGGGACCAAUCCCAAUCGGACACUGUGAAAGAGAGACAAUCUCGGCCAUAGAUACCUCCCCCAAAGAGAACACCCCAGUCAGGACCUCCUCCAAAAACCAGUACACACCAGUACGCACCUCCAAGAGCAACCCAGGUCACUAUGGGAAGGAUAUUUAUCGCAGUGGAGGGCCAGAUCUCCAUAAUUUCAUCUCCUCCGGCUUUGUCACGUUAGGAAGAGGACACACGAAGGAUGACCAAGAACAAAAUUAUAAUCACCUGAUACUAAACAGUGACAACCAGACACCUACACAUGACAAGCCACGAAUGAACAACAUCCUGACUUCAGCCACCGAGCCCUACGACCUGUCCUUCUCCCGCUCCUUCCAGAACCUCUCCCACCUCCCGCCCUCCUACGAGUCUGCUGUCAAGACCAACCCCAGUAAAUACUCAUCUCUCAAGAGACUCACUGACAAAGAGGCUGACGAGUACUACAUGAGGAGGAGACACCUGCCUGACCUGGCGGCCCGGGGCACGCUGCCCAUCAACGUCAUCAAAAUGUCCCAGCAGGGCAACCAGCGGGACAGGCCACGCCGCCCCAUCAGGGCCAUGUCCCAGGACAGGGUGCUGUCUCCGGAGAGGAUCAUGCCCGAGGAGUUCAGCAUGUCCUACGAGCGGAUCCUGUCGGACGAGCAGCUGCUGUCGGCGGAGCGCCUGCACUCGCAGGACCCGCUGCUGUCCCCGGAGCGCUCGGCCUACCCCGAGCAGUCCAUGUCCAGGGCGCUGUCACACACGGAUGUCUUUGUGUCAACACCGGUCUUGGAUCGCUACAGGAUGUCAAAAAUGCACUCCCAUCCCAGUGCCUCAAAUAACUUGUACAACACCUUGGGUAUGAACCCGACCUCGGCCAAGCGCCAAGCAUUCGCCUCGCGCCGGCACAACACGGUGGAGCAGCUGCAUUACAUCCCCGGGCACCACCACCACUACCGCACCGCCAGCAAAACUGAGGUGACUGUUUGACACGACCCAGUGCAUUGUAGAUACUCCUUAAGGACUGGGGUGGCCACAGCACCCUGUUCUGCAGUGGCCUUAUAGGCCAAGAUAACCUCUACUAACUCAGUGUCUGCAAAGACUUCUCUGGCAGUCCCACCCACGUUGUUUUUAAAGCCACCCCUCCAUCAGUGACACAGGAAGAACUGAAGCGGCAGUCAGACACUAGUGAGGGAUGACAGAGGGAAUUUCCUGGCGUGCAUCAGUUUCUGUCAAAGAAAGCCAUAGUAAUCGAUGGCUCCUUCCAAGGGCUCACCUGCAUUACCCCAUAGUUUCCAUGAAUUCAGGACUUUUCAGUUGCUCCAAGGAGAAGCAGCCUGCGACAGGGAGGAGGAAAUGCAGACCCCCCCCAAUCCUGGCAGGAAGGGGCCUCGUUCUUGGCCCUCAUGUUUGGCCUUUCUGUAGCAAGUAGGGAAGUCUUGGCUGCUGGGGCCAGCUCCAGGCUGCUCCACACCCGUCAGCAACCACACAUCUGUUCUCUGUCACCCUUGGAGCAAAUUCAAGGGCAGACUUUCCUUCGGGACUGGCAGAUCUAGGGACAAGAAUAGCCUGGCUGAGAAAUAAAGUUUUAGUUUAUACUAAAUAUACUCAUAAGAUAAAAAAAAACAUACUAGUGCCUACAAAUCGCCUGCUCUCUCAGUGUAGGAAGUAGUGGGGUUGACGUGUUCAAUAAGCACAAAUAUGCUGAAACGCUUGUUAGACCCUUUUCUCCACUCAUUCUAGUAUCUUGGUGUCUCCAACAUGUAAAUAGGAAGGAGGAAGAGGGUUUCUCUUCCUCCAGCUUCUCGCCACUGCUGAACCUGAAGCAGCAGAACCCGUUCAGCUCCACACUGCUGACCUGUGCUGGGGCAGGUCCCGACCCCACCGAGGCUGCUGCGCCUCUCACCGAGCCUGGAUUCUCCCCACAAGUUUCUUUUCCCUAUAGCAUUUUCCAUGGCCCAGUUCCCCUGUUUCUGAGCAUUUUCUCCUCCCAUUCACAGCCUAGAAUCCAUAUGUAGCGAAUCUUUUUGCAGCCCUUAGCAGAGGCACAAGGCUGAGGGUGUCUGUUUACCGAAAAGCAGGUCGGUAACUUUCCGUGGUUCUCUCUCCCUGCAAUGGCCUCCCAAGAAAACCUUCCAAAUUCCAAUUCCACUGAGUCCCAAUCCUAACCAUGAAGACAGUUACAUUUCAUGCAUAUAAAUUAUAUAUCCAGCAUAAUUAUAAUUAAUGGGCAUGUUGUAUAUCUGAUAUAAUGCUAAUUAGAUACUGUAUAUUUGUAAAAUCUUUAAAACAUAGACUCGUGGGUCCAGAAUUUGAGAGGGUUUUACCUUUGGCUUUCCAGACAGAUUGGGCUUUGCUUUGUUUUCUUGUUAGAUUUGGGUUUGAUUUUUCUUUUAAUUUUCUUUUCCCCCCUUUGAUUUGUGUUCCUACCAAACUCUGUAAAACCGACUCCCACCAGAACACACUUCUGCAGCCAGGAAAGGGUCUCAGAGGGUUUGAAGGCCAGCCAGAGCUGGUGCUGGAGCUGUGGGUGCUGUACACUGUCCCCAGCGUGCCCUCGAGGCCCCAGCACAUGCACACACCCCAUGGGUCAGGGCAGGCACGCUCCUUCCUCGGGGUGAGGUGAUGUCUGACUUCAGGCUGUGAGCACAUCCCUCGCACUUCUCUUCGUGUCCCAUGUCCCCACACUGACUCUUUUCCUAAACAACUCUUCAUUAGGCAUCCUAAACCUUGCUCUGCCCUCCUCCGUCCCCUCAAAUACCUCCCACCUCCUGGCCUUAAUGACACUCCCAGCCCAACUGUGCCAAGUCCUGUAGCAAACAAUGAUUUAGGGCGUGAGUCUCCUGUGGAGGCUCUGGUGCAGCACCAGCAUUGUCUGGUGCAGGGCAGGCAGGAGGAGCAUGUCCUUACCCCAGUGGGACACACAGGUGGGCCUCAGUGGGGUGUCCAGGUGGCCUUUCUCCUUCCCAGGCUGUCCUGGAGCUGGUCCUAUUUCCAGAGCUUUAUCCUGCCCCAUCUGAUGGAGACUGUGCUGAGAAGGACUCCAUCAGUCAGAGGUUACUGGGGCUUUGUUUGACGGAAACUGAGCUGGGAGGGAAUAAAUAAAAUAAAUAAAUAAAUAAAUAAAUAAAUAAAUAAAUAAAUAAAUAACAGUCUCCAGGGUCAGAUCCUGCAGCCUUGGGCAAAAUCACUCUGGGCAACAACCAGAACUGUCUGUGGAUCAGGGUGGCAGUCCAUGGCACGGGAGGGAUGGGAGAGAAGAGGCUCACAGCUCGCCUCCUGCCCCCGUCCUUUGAUGGACACUACUCUCCCCUGACUACCUCCAAGCUCCUCGGCUCAGCCCCUGGAUUUCUCCUCCCAGAAGACAAUCCCUGUGAAAACAUUGCCCUGCCGACCUUCCCAACGGCCAGAGGGUGGGACUCGUGUGAAGAGAAGAGAAGAGAAGCUCUCACGGCUGAUGGGGAGGCAGCCCCUGCUGAGGUUCUGGGGCUCUUCCACCCUCCCUUGGCCCGGGCAAAGCCAGGGGGAUCUGAACACUGUGGGAGAGCAGAGUGCACUGUAGAGUCUCCAGGAGCUGUGGUGGCAGAGCUGGAGCAGAGGUGACAUGGGAGACUGUGGGUAGGUGAACACUCCUCUCUUUCCAUGUCCAUAGCUCUCUGUCUCAAGCUCUAGUCCUCAUCUAAAUGUUCCAUUUGUGAGCUAAGAAGCUGCUGGACCAGAUGCAAAUUUGGAAAUUUUUCAUUCAAGCAGCCUGUGCUGAUGCUGAGCUGGGCCAUUUGACGUCUGUGUCUUCUCCUGUUGUGGCUAACAAAUAUCACAGGCCCUCUGCUUUUUUGUGUCUUACCUGGGCAAGAAUCCUCCAGAGAAAUUUCAGCCUCAUUUCCUUGUCUUUUUUCCACCCACUCAACUGCUUCAAGCAGAUGUGUCCCACAAGGAGCCUUUUUAGGCCAAAUCUCUUCAGGGACUCUGCCACCACCACAGAAAAUUUUCAGCAAAUUUCCUUGGGAAGGAACUGUGCCCUGAAUACCACCAUGUGUUCCCACAGCUCACUCUGUGUGCUGGAAUGGGUCCGUGGAUGGCAUUUCGGCACACACAAAGGUGUCCUUAGGUCAUUUUUCUCCCUUAUUCCUCCCUCUGAGAAUUUGUCACUGAAAGAACACUUGGUCUGGGACCGAGUGUCAUCACUCACAGCCUGGUCCCCAGCACUUCAUUCCCAUGUGAUGAUAAUGGGAAUUUCCAGUCCUGUGGAGGGCUCAGACCACAAGGUCUGUGAAGCGCUCUGAGACCCUCUCACAACAGAAACUGUAGAGCAGCAAAGUGUUUUUGUUAAUCUUGUUUGUCAUUGUCCUGACACGUGGUGUGUGAUGUGCCACAUCCUCUCUGCCCAGGAGGAGCGUGCUGGGCUGGGAUUGCCCAGGUUCCCACUGCUCUCCUCUGGGCAGGGUCCUGGCAGGCUGCAGCUCCAGGGGAUGCUGUUCCCUGCCCUGGGACCCUCCUGCUUCCUUCUCCUCGUGUCUGAGUCACCACAACACCCUGCACUCAGGAGAAAAGCGGGAAGCAGCCACAUUCCUCUGUACAGUGAAAUAUAACCUGCCUUGAUUAAUCUCAUAUACUCUGAAGAAUUGAUCUGUAUUUUCUCCACCCACAGGUGCAAGCAAACACCUGGGGAGUGUCCAGUUCCCAGAGUGCAUGUGCAGGGACUGGGGAAGGGGGAUGUAGAAAAUUUAUAGUAUUUCCUACAAGCUGAUAAUUAUUUGCAUUCCCUGAGCAGCAACACAUCCUGGAUGGCUGCACUGGGUUUUAUACAAUUCUCUGUGUAUGUGUAUAUAAAUACAAAUAUAUAUAUAUACAUACAUACUGUAAAAUGCAAUCAACACGUUCUGACUGACCCUGUACCAACUGAAGCUUCCAAACUGUGUUGAAUCAUUCUUUGAAAUGUGGAAAACUAUUUUUAAUGAACCACACACAGCACCACACGGAACAGAAACU